CAACGGUAUAACACAUAUAAGUAUUGGUGCAGAAUCUGAUCCUCCAAGAUUUCUUUUCUGUUGCAGGACAUCUUCCCUCUUUUGUUUUCGAAUUUGUGACGCCUGAUGCCUUCGCGCUUCUUUUCCUAGGUUCUUGCGCACACGUUUCGACAAAACUUUCGCAUUAACUUUUCCUAUUGAAUAAUGUUGAAUAAAAUUAAUUACAGAGAAUGUUCCAGGAAUAUAAUCUGAAAUGAACGAGCUUGUAAAUAAUAUUACCUUUAACAUCACUGCUUAUUGAACCUUUGCUACGAUGUCUUCCAGUUUUAUGCGCCUUAUUCGUUUGCUUAAACGCACCUGGUCGAUGCGCUUCUUGCUUUACUAUCGGCAUUUUUAGCGAUUUUUACUUAUAAUCUUGUCAAGAUGAAACACGGAAUGUUGCCUCUACGACGUACGAAACAGUACUAAGCACCACGUGCAUCGUAAAUCGAGAAGACAAAGAAAAACAAUUGAAAAACGUCUUGUUAGUAACAACGUAGAAACGUUUUUCUUCCUACGAUAGUCAUUUUUUCAACGUUGGUCACAUUAAGAAAUGCCGAUCGUGCACCGCCAGGCGCGCACAUGGUUAAGCGUUAGUCUUUUACAAAUUUACAAAUUAUAGGUUACAUUUGCGCGUGUUCGAUUUGAACAGGUUUCAACUGAAAGAACCGAAACAACAUGGGACGAAAAGCAAAAUUUGACGAGACAUCCAUUCCAACUGGUCGUGGAAGAAAAGCAAAGAAGCAGAAGGAUCCAACAUUUCCAAAAGGAAUUCUUGUCAAAGAAGAAACAAAAUUGAGUCACCGACAGAAGCAACGAGCAAAAAAAAGACUACUGAAACAGCAGAAACUGAAGGAACAUGCAAAGAUGUUGCAGAAAAAAAAGAAAGAGAAGACUGAAGAUACAGCAAAUAGUAUUAGGGAUGUAUCCAAACAGCUAAAGAAAAAGAAGCAACAUCAAGAGGCAAAAAAUGCAAUAAAUGGAAAAAAUAUUGAACAUGUAUUCGAGCAGUCAAAGAAAAAAAAGAAAUCUAUUAAAUUUAUACCAACUAAAAAUGACGAUUCCAACGACGAAGACAAUGAAAUACUGUUAAAUGAUGGUGAUAAUGCAUCAGAGGAUGAGAAAACCAUAGACAAUGAACAGUAUAAAAGUACAAAAAAGAAAUUAUUAGAUAGCGAUACAGAAGAUGAAAAUGGUAUCGCGGAAAGCGACGAAGAACUUGGCAGUGGUGGAUCUGAUCAGAGUAUGGAAACCGAAGAGGAUGAAGAUAUGGGUGCAGAAGAUGAUGAUUUGCUGCCUAUAGAAAAAGCAAAUAAGAAGCUAAAGAAGAAACAAGCAAAAGAACAAAAAAUGGCAGAAGAAGAAAUGAACGAUAUGAUGGCACAACAAUCUGACUUUACCUUUCCUACCGAGGAAGAACUCGCGAAUACUAUUAAUCUUAAGGAUAUCCAACAGCGGAUAAAGGACGUUGUUAUGAUCUUGUCAGACUUCAAAAGAUUACGCGAUGCCAACAGGUCUCGUUUGGAAUACAUGGAACUACUUAAGAAGGACCUAUGCACUUACUACAGUUACAACAACUUUUUAAUGGAAAAACUGAUGCAGAUAUUCCCACUGGACGAACUACUGGAAUUUUUGGAAGCGAGCGAAGUACAGAGGCCUAUGACGUUACGAGCGAAUACGUUAAAGACACGUCGACGCGACUUAGCAGAAGCUUUAAUCAAUAGAGGAGUCAAUCUGGACCCGAUAGGAAAAUGGACCAAAGUUGGAUUGGUAGUGUAUUCUUCUCAAGUCCCAAUGGGUGCAACGCCAGAAUACCUGGCAGGUCAUUACAUCAUACAGGGUGCAUCUAGUUUAUUACCAGUUAUGGCUUUGGAACCGAAGGAGAAUGAAAGGAUUUUGGACAUGUGUGCUGCACCUGGUGGGAAGUCUUCGCACAUAGCGGCGCUCAUGAAAAACACAGGUGUGCUUUUCUCGAACGACGUAAACGAGGAGAGAAUAAAGGCUGUCGUUGGUAAUUUUCAUAGACUUGGCAUUGUAAAUUCCGUUAUUUGUACUUAUGACGGACGUAAAAUACCAUCGGUGAUCAAAGGAUUUGACAGAGUUCUCCUGGACGCACCAUGUACUGGUACUGGUGUUGUAUCCAAAGAUCCUAGCGUUAAGACCAACAAAGAUGAAGUGGACGUACAACGUUGUUGCACUUUACAAAGGGAGUUACUUUUGUCAGCUAUAGACUGUGCGAAUGCUCGUUCAGAAUCUGGUGGAAUUAUCAUUUACUCGACGUGCUCGAUUCUGCCUGAGGAGAACGAGUGGAUCGUAGAUUAUGCUCUUAAGAAACGUGACGUUAAACUAGUACCUACUGGUUUAGAAUUUGGAACUGAAGGUUUUACCAGCUACAGACAACACAGGUUUCAUCCCUCGCUAAAAUUGACGAAAAGAUUUUAUCCGCAUGUACAUAAUAUGGACGGUUUCUUUGUUGCAAAAUUGAAGAAGUUCUCAAAUAUUGUUCGAAGAAAAAAAGAUACAGAUGAUGAAGAAUCGCUAGAUUAACAUUGAAAUCUAAUAAAUUUUUUUAAAGUAAUCACUGAAAUAUUCGAAAAAAACUCACCGAUCAAGCAACUUCUGAAUAUAUUAAAAAUAUAUAUAAAUACGUAUGUACAGAAUUUUAAUCUUACAGUAAAUUUUAUGUAUAAAUUAUGUAACUUUCUAUAAUUACAGUAAUACAAGUUGGAAUAUAUAAAUAUAUAUAUAUGUACAUAUGUAUUGUUUGCGAUCAAUUGAAAUGGUUUAACAAUCGUGUGAAACUUUACGGAGCUAUACGAUACUGCGAUCGUUAAUGAAAAAAUAUACUUUUCAGUUGUUUGUCGCACAGUCUUUUCACCUCCUCUGAAAGAUAUACAAUUUUAUUAAGCUCCGGUACAUUGGUAAACGAGUAAAGUAUCGAGUACAUACCUUCUAUCUCAAUAAAGUUUGCACUCUUUUGCUGAAUAACUACGAAGAAUUCCCUCAAGUUAGAUAAUUUGCCUACAACCCAAUAACCGCUCAUAGUUUUUAUCACAAUUUCACCAGCUUCUUUCAAUCUGUAACGAAACAAAAUACAUAUUCCAAUGUGGAGAUUAAAUUAUACUUAAUCUAACACAAUAUACCAACUUA